AUCUCUCACACUCGCGCGCCCCAACCCCCCUCUCUCCUCGCGGCUCAGAACUUGGCGCUCCCUCCGAUUCUUCCGACGCCGGCGCCUCCGCCUCCGCCUCCGACGCCGACGCCGACGCCGACGCCGACGCCGACGCUCCUCUACGCGCUCGCGCUCCCAACUUCUCUCUUCUCCCAGACGUGCCGCCUCCGACGCCUUUGCACUCUGAGAACUCGCGCUCCCUCCGACACCGCCUCCGACGCCCACGCCGACGCCUCCGCCGACCCCUCUGCCCCCAACCCUUGCCGACGCCUUCGCCCAACCCUUGCCGAUGCCUCCGCGUCGGCCAUGCCCUAGCCCUAGCCUCUGCCUCGACGCUCUGCAUCCGCAGGCCCCGAAGAAGCGACGGUGGAAGGCGAAGCCGUAGCCAAAGGAGGAGCUCCACCACCACCAGCUGCAGCCGGCGGCGGCGGCGGCCAAGUCUUCGUCGUCGUCGUCGGCGAUGGCCAGGGAGAAGAGGUCGCAGCAGCAGCACGCGAUCGACGAGAAGUACGCCCGGCGGAAGUCCCUCGUCCAAGUCCUCUACGACUGGCUGGCCAACCACAACCUCCUCUGGCGUUCUCUCUCUUGCCGUUGGUGAAUGUAAGUGGAGUCGCACAAGGUUCUCUCGGAUGAGUUUGCAAUAGCUGGUGCUGUGCGUGAGUUUGGUGGGCUGGAAGUUAUUUUGGACAUGAUCCAGGGCAGAGGACUUCUAUGGAAUGUUAUGGAUGAGAAUGACGGUUUAAAAGGAGGAGAAACCGCUCGUGUUGGUUCCUCUUGUGGUGCCAGUGUUUGCUGCGAUCACCAAAAUGGGCAGAUUAUUUGCAACACGGUAAAUUGUAAAUCAGCUGGAGAAGAUUCAGAAAGUUUGGUCAAUGCUGGGCGAUCAAGAGUGCUAGAGAUGUCCCCAAAUGAUGAAGUGGAAGGAGAGAUACUCUAUUUUCAACGUAGAUUGCUUGGCAAUGCAAUUGAUAGAAAACGAUAUAGUGAUAAUUUGAUUAAUAAGAUUAGAAAGGAUCUGCCACAAGAGAUUGAUUCAGCUCAUGGUCAAGUAUGGGAUGCCGUGCUUGUCAACAAAUAUCUUUGUGAGCUCCGAGUGGCAAAGAAGCUGGGUAGGAAGGAGCGGAAGCACAAGGAAGCCCAGGCUGUUCUUGCUGCUGCUACUGCUGCUGCAGCAGCUUCAUCUAGGAUUUCUUCACUCAGGAAAGAUUUGCUUGAUGGAUCAGCGAAUCAGGAGGUUAUUGGCAUUAUCUUGGAAAUUACUUUAAUGGUUGAUGGAGGGGAAAAUGCUUUGAAGAGCCUGGAGCUUCAACAGAUUCACCAUCGAAGGCAUCAUAUGCAGCCGGUCACUGUUUGA